AUGCCCUCAAAUCGCCCAUCAUCCGGAUGGAUAAUCGACCCGGACUUUGCCCGGUCUGAUUCCACUUCCUCUCUGCCACUCAAAAAAGUCCCCAACGACGACAUGUUCCAAGCCUCCCAUGCCGGUGACGUCAAGAAGUUAUUGAAGGCUUUUGAGGCUAGGCCGCCGCCCUUGACACCGUUGCAAGCUGCCUUGAGAGACACUUUGUUUAGCUGUGAGGCGAAUAGGGUUUAUUUGGAAGAGAGUGGGGGCGAUUUAUCAUGUUUCAGUGGUAUGGAGGUGGUGGAGAUGUGUAGUGAUAUGGUGGAGGGGGAGAUUUCUCAGGAGGAGGAGGUGAGGUGUAAUGGUAUGGAGGAGGUGGAGAUUUCUUUGGUGGAGGAGGAGAUGUGUAGUGGUAUGGUGGAGGGGGAGAUUUCUUUGGAGGAGGAGGAGAUGAGUUGUGGUAUGGAGGUGGUGGAGACUUCGUUGGAGGAGGUGGAGAUGUGUAGUGAUAUGGUGGAGGGGGAGAUUUCUUUGGAGGAGGAGGAGAUGAGUAGUGAUAUGGAGGUGGUGGAGACUUUGUUGGAGGAGGUGGAGAUGUGUAGUGAUAUGGUGGAGGGGGAGACUUCUUUGGAGGAGGAGGAGGAGGUGAUGUGUAGUGAUAUGGUGGUGGGGGAGAUUUCUUCGGAGGUGGAGGAGAUGAGUAGUGGUAUGGAGGUGGUGGAGAUUUCAUUGGAGGAGGUGGAGAAGUGUAGUGAUAUGGUGGAGGGGGAGACUUCUUUGGAGGCGGAGGAGAUGAGUAGUGGUAUGGAGGUGGUGGAGACUUCCUAG